AUGGAUAAUCGUGAGCCCAGAACGACUGAAACUGAGACGCAAAGUACAACCGCUUCGACUUUCUGCUGCACAAAACUCCAGUUGAGCAACACGCUUUAUGCAUCUUGUAUUGCGAUGCAUACCUUCCUUGCUAUUUUAGUUGAUACUGGGCACAGCCGUCGAUGUAAGACGCAAGCUAAACUUGGGUGGGUUCAACGGUCAUCCACAAUCAUCCGCUGCACCUGCUACACCUUGAGUGAGUAUGCACCUCCUUUUCAUGCCCCAGUCGGCUUCUUGGGGGGUACCCUCUGGGUUUCCUCCGCUGUUGUCGUCUCCUGCCAUUUCCGCGCAUACGUUUCGGGGUGUCGAUCCCGAACAGCUUCCCAAAAACUUCAUUCCUAUACGCGAUCCUCCACCCCACCCACUAUCAACACACCCUCAGAACCUCCGCUCAUCACCCCGGAACGUCCCAACCCUCUGCGUCCACUCCUCACCAACAUCGCGUUCUGCCAGUUGUUUGCCGUGUGUCUAAGCGGCAACUACAAGGACCCAAAGUACAGGUUGCUCCAUUCUUUCGGAUGA